CAAACUAUCACAUAGCUAGCGUAUUUCUGUUGCACAUUUUGAAGGGUAAUAACAAUAUUUUUGUUUAUAUAUUGCCUAUACGGCGUUUAAUAAGUACGGUUAAGACCAAGUUGUUUCGGAUAUCGGGAUUUGAAGAACCUACGUGAAGAGGAAACUAUAGCUAGUUACAUAGCUAGCAUUAUUUGUCUCGUAUGUUGCUAGCGCGCUAUUUUGCAUCAAUUCCGUUUUGAGGCGAUUUCCACAGAUACGACAGCCAGCGCUCAGACAGAACUCCCAAUGGCAGACGACUUUGAUAUUGAGGCGAUGCUCGAGGCACCCUACAAGAAGGGUGACAGCAAGUCCUUUAGUGCAAACGGCUAUGAAGAACACAGCAGGAAGAAAAGGCACAGUCGAAGUCGCAGCCCAAGUCCAGACCGCCGCAGGAGUAAGAGCAAAGAGCGCAAGAAGGGCAGGGACAGGCGUAAGAGCCGCAGUCGGGAGAGGAAACAAUCAAACAUCAAAGAGCACCGCUCUCGAAGUCAUGAAAAGCAUGGACGUUAUCGACCUCACAAAAGCCCCCACCGCAAACGUUCUCGAAGCAAGAGCCCGGUUAAAAAAGAGAAGAGUCCAAUAAGGAAACCUAUUGAUAAUCUGAGUGCAGAGGAGAGAGAUGCCCGCACAGUAUUCUGCAUGCAGCUGGCUGCCAGAAUCAGACCCAGAGACCUGGAAGAGUUCUUCUCUGCUGUGGGCAAAGUACGUGAUGUGAGGAUGAUUUCAGACAGAAACUCUCGCAGGUCAAAGGGUAUUGCAUAUGUUGAGUUUGUGGAGGCCACCUCCGUGCCCCUAGCGAUUGGACUGACAGGACAGAGGGUGCUGGGAGUGCCAAUCAUUGUUCAGGCCUCACAGGCUGAGAAAAACAGAGCUGCAGCAGCAGCAGCAGCUCUUAACUUGCAGAAAGGCAAUGCAGGGCCAAUGAGGCUGUAUGUGGGCUCCCUGCACUUCAACAUCACAGAGGAAAUGCUCAGAGGCAUAUUUGAGCCUUUUGGGAAGAUUGAAAGUAUCCAGUUGAUCAUGGACAGCGAGACAGGCAGAUCAAAAGGUUAUGGGUUUAUAUCGUUUGCAGAUGCUGAAUGUGCCAAGCGUGCCCUAGAACAGCUAAACGGCUUUGAGCUGGCUGGCCGGCCCAUGAAGGUGGGUAACGUGACCGAGCGCUCAGACGGCUCAUCAGCAAGCUCUUUCUUGGACAAUGAUGAGUUGGAGAGAACUGGCAUCGACUUGGGGACCACAGGCCGCUUGCAGCUGAUGGCACGACUUGCAGAAGGUACGGGUUUACAGAUUCCUGCAGCUGCAAAGCAGGCUCUUCAGAUGAGUGGCUCUAUCCCAUUUAGCAACUUUCCUGGAGUGAUCCCUGCACCAAGCAUGAACCAGGCCAUGAACCUCCCUACCCAACCCCUGGCCACUCACUGCCUACAGCUCUCAAACAUGUUCAGCCCACAGGCAGAAAAUGAGCCUGGCUGGGAUAUAGACAUUCAGGAUGAUGUUAUUGAAGAGUGCAAUAAACACGGAGGUGUUGUCCACAUAUAUGUCGACAAGAAUUCUGCUGAAGGUAAUGUGUAUGUGAAGUGUCCGUCUAUCCCAGCCGCUAUGGCUGCUGUCAGCGCCCUACAUGGACGCUGGUUUGCAGGCAAAAUGAUCACUGCGGCCUAUGUGCCCCUCCCAACCUACCACAAACUGUUUCCUGACUCAGUCACAGCCAUUCAGCUGCUGAGACCAACACGCCGGUGAUCCACAGUCCAAUUCUUCUGACUCUCUCUGUCUCUCUACAUAGCCUGGAGAUGCAAACAUUGCCCUGCCCUUUUUAGGACGACUGUUGUCUGUCCCUGGAGGUCCAUAGCACAUUCUAGAUCUCAGAGGUACAAAGUUGCCUGAGGGUGUAUUUGAAAGCUAGCUGGACUGGGUUAGAAACCAAGACCCUGGGCAAUCAUUCUGGAUGUACUCAGCUGUCUGGGAUCACUUUAAGUUUUUAGCUUUUUGUAAUCACUUUGAUUUUGUAAAGAACUCUGCAAUUAAAAUGGCUUUGAAAAUAA